AUGGACGUGGGGGAUUCUCGUUGCGCCCGAUGUGGCUGCAACGUCACAGCUCACGUUCUUUGGAAACCAAAGUCCAAAGAACACGAAGGCAAAGAUGUGGAGCCCGACCAGCACAUGAAAGCACAUGAAAGCAAAACAAAGGCUGCGUCCAAGCAUGAAGUCGCUGCCACGGUAAAGCCGGUGGAGAAUCCACUGUUGGAGAAGGCGAUUUCACUUCCAAAGGAGAUAAUGCUUGAACGUUGGCGGCCCAUGGACAUGGAUCCCGGCUCUCAGGAGUGGCCUCGUCUUUCACAGGACUUCACAGAGGUAGUCACAUGGAGCGACUUGCACUCGGACAUGGGCAAGAACAUGACGCACCUCAAGCAGCUUCCUGCAUGUCAGGAUACGGUGCUUCUCUUAGCGGGUGAUGUCGCCUCCAGCUUAGAGACCAUUGAGACUUCUCUUCGUCUUCUACAGGACAAAUUUGGAGCCAUCUUCUAUGUUCCGGGCAACCAUGAGCUAUGGGUAACCAAGAAAGACGGCUUGUCUUCGGUGCACAAGUUCUUGGCCAUCUUGGAGAUUUGCGAAAAGCUCGGUGUUCAUACAAGGCCAGCAUUCAUCAACGCAAAUUGUGCGGUAUGCCCACUUUUUUCCUGGUACAAGGACAAUUUGGUUGAUGGGUUCUCGCGCGGUAUGGCAGAUAUUCCUUUCGACAUGCAAACUCAGUGGCCAUGGGACAUCACUGGCCGUGGCGAUACCAACGAUGCCCAGCAGCCUGAAAUCGCGGAUUUCUUUGCUUCGCUGAAUCAGCGUCGUCUAGGUUGUGCACCUGCAGCUGCCCUUGCAGCCUUGAGGAAAGCCGAAGAAAUAGCAGCAGAAGCAAAGCAGGCCCAGCUGGAGGGAAAGCCCCCACCGAAGCAAAGCAAGGAUUCUGAUGGGCCUUUUGUCAUUACCAUGAGCCAUUUCUUGCCGCGACAGGAAUGUUAUCCUGGUCCUCGACGGCUGUGUGGUGUAAUGGGAUGCAGGGAGAUUGACCAGCAGGUGCGAUCCUGUGGCUCUCGCUGCCACGUCUUCGGUCACUCGCACAUCAUGUGUGACCGUGAGGUCAACGGCAUUCGCUAUGUACAGCACCCCCUAGGCUAUCCCAACGAUUAUCAUAGGCAAAGUGCACCAAAGUCAGUUUGGGGCUCUUCGAAAGUGCGCCGUGAAGAGCCACUUUCAAAGGACGCACGAAUCAACUUUGGCAAAAAGUAUAGCCAAGGCAAUCCUUGA